AUGUCCGCUGAACUACAAAAAUUCUUCAAGGAGUUCCUUAUUGAGGAGUCGGACGAUGAAAACAGGGAUGCCAAUGUUGACACUAAUGAUACUGCUGCGGCCAAUGACACGGAAAAAGGAAGAAUGGAAUACACUCCUCCUUGGACGUUGAAAGAAUGGCGGAAUGCUCAAUUAGUGUCUAUGCACACAUACUUUAAUAGCCGGAUAAUCCAGGAUACAGAUAUUCCAGAGGAUUCCGAUGAAGAACUGGAAGACUAUAAAAGUGACGAGGAAGAACUAUUAUGCAGCAACGACAGUGACGAUGAUUCCCAAGGGGAAUCCCAAGAAGAAACCGAACGAUUCCACACACAAGAAGCCUUCCAAGGAUUGGAAGAAAAACCACGACAGCGCCAACGAAGAAUCCCCCAUUUGUCACAGACGCUACAUUGCCUCCAAAACUUUGAAUACUUGGACAUGUUUACGGCGCAAUUGGACCUCCCUUGCUGCCAAAUUACAAGGGUUGGCAGAUUGCGAAACACCCUGCGCUAUUUUUCAACACAUACGUCCAAAGAAAGGUGCAAAGUAUUGCGCGGACGAUUGCCAAGAAUUCCCUUUCCUCAUCGACAAGAAGAUGGACCUUUGCUAAGCAUGUACAAGGAUGUCGUACAUCUGGAACUGACCAACUUGAACGGCAAGAGGAUUUAUAUAUUCUUAUACAAGCACUAUGCCAAACUCUUUGAUGAAUGGUAUCAAGAACAAUUGAAGAAAAAGAGCCGGAGCGCAAAGUUUUGGAUUCAGCUCAAGCAGAUUCCUGGAGUUUGCAUAUUUCCGUUUCCCAUCAAUCCCGACAAUUUGGCGGAUACUCAACAGCUUGUGAAAUAUUGCAUCUGCAUUGGUGAUGGAUCCAACUUUCAAAUCCCUUCCGAGUUUUGUAGCUUUAUGGAAUCAUCUCAAGACCUCUCAGCAAUGACGGAAGGUGACACUCCGAUUGCAAUCAUGGAUCGAAAUGGUGACAAGACUGGCGGCAAGCUUCAACGGCUGCGAAUGGACAAUCCGGAUAUGGAAUUGCGCUUUAUCUAUGCCACAGACGGUCAAGGAAAUUAUGCCAAUAGCGAAACCUUGGAAUUUGUCCUUUCGCAGACGUCCUUGAAGGAACCAGCGGCUCGCCAACAAAAGGGGGGAUUGGUGGAAGCAUGGAAAAAGUACAACCAGCACAGGAUCCAUGUCGGUAGUGAUUCCCCACGGCCAAGUGCCAAAUCCAUGGAUACCUCGUCACCAGGACCGAAAAGUCAUAAGCAACGACAGCGACUGCACUUUGCCGAAGGACAGCACCACCAAGGCACGGUCCAUUCCAAACAUGUGGAAAUGCCACUGGCACCCACCGAUCCAAACCUUCAAACCAUUACGUACGAGGGGACGGCUCAAAAGAAGGACAAGUCUAAGGAUGCACCCGAUUGCAUUACUUUGUGCGAAUUGCGAAAUGCAAUGGACGCUCAACCCGAAUAUACCAAGUUCUUAUUUUCCGUUUGUGCGGCAGUGGUGGGAUUUACUUGUGGGAGACGCACCAAGCGGGGAGAUUGGAUGAUGUCGGCGACACUCGUAGAUCAAACCUCGAAUGAAAAACCAACCACCCUCAUUGUAUUUGCAAAAGAUAGGGAAGACUUUCCAAAAAUUUCAAGAGCGGGGGAUAUCUUGUACAUGCACAACAUCUAUUUGGACGAAUGGAAUGGAAGCGUUCAAAUUACUGGAAUGAAAGAAAAGAGCUCUUAUGUCGUGGUUCGGAAUGAAGAAGGGGAUGACUGGAAGGUUAUUCCGACCGCCAAGGAUGAAUUCUGCUUUGACGAAAACGACGAGAAAAAAUCGCAAACAUUGUGGCACUGGACUCAACACUUUCUUCAGCAGCAUUCCAUCAUCCAGCCGGAACAUUCCUUUACGUUGCAACAAAUGGUGGGACUCCCCGAGGGAAGCAGCAAGGACAAGGAUAUGGUCGUCAUGGUAUCUGGACUAUUUGCAUUUCCUCCAGAGCAACAAGACGGGCGCACGCCGUAUGGAAUAUUGCGAAUUUGGGAUGGCACAGGUCAAAGUACUUCCGAUCCAUUGCCAAUGCAGCUGAUAUCGGCAAGACAUGCACAACGCCAUGGGGACCCGCCACCAGAGGCAUUGAAGAAGAUAUCGGAUGUCAUCGAUGCUCUAGUGGCAGCAAAUGGGAUACUAGAGAAUGGGUGGCAGCCACCCAAAGCUCUCUGUGGCAAGGUGGCGAAUGCAGUCGUUUGGGAGGAAACAUACUGGGAUAUGAUUCAAAAGAAUCUUUCAGUUGGAAGCUUUGUUCGAAUGAGGAACGUAGAAGUGCGACCAUGGAAUUACAACGGUAUCAUGUCGGUCAUGGUUACGAACCGAUCAUGGCUGACCCCCAUCCCCGAUGAGAGCCUUGAGAUCGGCUCCCUACUGCGAGAGCACGACACACGGGUCCAGCGAAACGAAUACAAUCCGGAUUCUGGAAUACUUCCGACGCCAGUCGUCGAGAAUAACCACAGAAAUGAUAGCGUUGGAAAACAAAUCGAGGCCUUUGCCUCAAAUCCCGAAGUCAUGUCAUUUGUGGGGCUCGUACACUUGGGUGACACAUAUCCGAAAUACGACUGGGACCUCAAACCGUUCUGUAAAUACAGCUCCGAUGGGUCGACUUUUGUCUACCAGUUUGCCAUCACUCUUUGUGACAACUCUGGAAUGAUCGAUGUCAUAGUCAACAAUCUUUCUGGUGAAGCAAUCAUCGGCAUGCCGGCAUCACUGGCUGUGGGUACCACAAGAAGGAAACGAAUGCAGAUCAUUGACCCGAAAAUGAAAUGGAUGGCAAAGGUUAUGAAGGUCUCUCUUGAAGGUAUUGAAUACUUUGUUUUGGUGGACAUAUCUCAUAUGUAA